AUGUCGCCAGAGACUCCCCCUAAGGGCGUCCUGCUCCAGGAGGUGGAUGACGAGGAGGAGGAGCGGGGGGCGCAGUGCCGUGUGUGCUGGGAGCACGAGUCUGAGGCUAACCUGCUGUCCCCUUGCAAAUGCGCGGGCACCCAGAAGCACGUGCACCUCAAGUGCCUGCGCCGGUGGCAGGAGAAUGUGCAGAAGCGGGACGCGAUGGACGAGCGAGCAUUCCGCUGCUCCGUGUGCCGCGCCUUCUUCUCGGUGCCGCCGCCCCAGGCGCGCAGUGGCACGGUGGUGCUGCAGGCGCUACGAGGCCUGGGCGGCGCCAUCUGCAUCUGCCUGCUGGCAUUCGGGCUGUCGGGCCCGCCCUGGCCGCACCUGGCGCUGCUGGUGCUGCUGCUGCUGGCCAGCCGCAGCCACUGGCUGCCGGGCCUGGCCCUGCUCAUGCUGUGCAGCCUGCUGGCCACCAUGCACGCCCGCGGCCUGCGCAUCAUCGUCAGGGUGGACGGCGGCGGUAGGCUGGGGCUGGCACUGGUGCGGCACGGCGCGCCGGUGGCGGGGAUCGGACCAGGCGUGCUGCUGGUGGCCUCAGACGGUUUGGACCAUUCCAUCUUCCGGCGCAGCGUGGUGCUGCUCACCCAGCAUGGCAGGGACGGCGCUCGGGGCGUGAUCCUUACACAGCCGAUGCCCACUCCGCCUGCCACAGACAGCCUGCUGGCCGCCGGCGCGCCGGCAGGCGAGGCGCCGGCAGCGCAGGAGCGCGGCGCCGCGGCGGCGGCCGCCGCGGAUGCGAGCCACGGCGGCGGCGGCCGCGCCGCGGGCAGCCGGGGCCGGCUGGCUCGCCGCGGCGGCGGCGGCGGCGGGGGCCAGGAGGGCGGGGUGGUGCUCAAGCACUUCUUGGGAGGUCCCGUGGGCAUGCCGGGUGAGGGUGUGAAUCACGAGGUUGUGGUGCUGCACACCCUGGGCCGUGUGGCGGGCGCCCGCCGCAUCCUGUCCCCCGCAAACGACAGCCAGCUGGCGGCGGCUGGCGCCGGGAGCGGUGCCGCAGGCCACGCCGCUGGCGGCGAUGGUGACAGAGGCGAAGCCGGCGCCGUGCCUGCCGCUGCCUUCCCCCUCUACGAGGGCGGGAGCAUGAGCGAGAUUCUGGAGCAGGCAGCAGACGCCACGGCGGCGGCGGCCGCCGCAGCACGCGCGCACUCGUGCCGCGGCGGCCGCCUGCGGCGGGAUCACGAGGCCGCAGCCGUGGCGGUGGCUGCGGGCGAUGGCGUGCCUCCCGUGCUGCUCUUCCACGGCGUCUGCGCCUGGGCUGAGGGGCAGCUGGAAGGCGAGCUGCGUGCUGGCGCCUGGGGGUUCAGCGCUGACCUGGCGCCAGGCGUGCUGGGCCUGCUCAGCCUGCCUCCCGACCAGCUCUGGCAGGCGCUAGCCGACAGCCCCCACCUGGCGCGCGUGCAGUGA